AUGCAAUCAUUAAAUAAUACACAAACAUCAUUUUCAUCUUCUCCUUUCGCUUGUAUUCAUCAUGAAUUUGUGUAUCAAGUAAUGAAACAUCCACAAAAACUAGCUGUUGAACUUGAUGAACAAUCAUUAACGUAUUGUGAACUCUUACAUUAUGUUCAAGUUUUAUCUUCAACUCUUCUUGAUGAACAUCAAAUCACACCAGGUGAAAUAGUUUGUCAGUGUGUUGAGCGAAGUUUGUCAAUGGUGAUUGGUAUUAUAGGAAUCGAGAUGGCUGGUGGCGUUUAUUGUCCAUUAUCAUCUCGAGAUCCACAACAUCGUUUGUAUGCACUUACACAGCAAACACAAAGUCGUCUUGUUCUUGUUCAUUACCUAACUAAGACCAAAUUUGAUGAUUACACUAUUUCACGUGACAUUGAUUCAAUAUUAAUUAUGAAUGAUCGGAAAAGUGACGUAGAUUAUAGUUGUCUUUCAAGUGUGAUAAUGAAAGGUGAAGAGAUAGCCUAUACUAUAUUCACUAGUGGUUCAACUGGAAUUCCGAAAGCGGUUCAACUGAGGCAGGAGAACUUCAUCAAUUCAAUAUUAGGUUUCGUUCGGAUUGAUGCACUACACGAAGACGAUGUUACGAUUCAAAUAGCUAGUUCAACGUUCGACGCGCAUAUACUGGAAAUUGUAGGAUCUCUAAUCUGUGGGGCAACAAUAGUUAUGCUACAUCCACAAGGCGAAUCUGUGUCAUCAGCUUUCAUCAAAAUACUGAUGCAGUUUGUUGUCAAAUCCUGUCGAAUUUGGAAUCUUUAUGGCCCUGCAGAAGCCACACUUGGAACUUCGUGCCACCUACUUGAUGUAGCCUCUAACCUGCAUAAUCUUCCAAUUGGCAAACCACUACCUCGUUACAUAUGUUUACUUCUAAGCAACUUCUUGCAACCUAUUAUGAUUCAGGAAGAAGGAGAACUACUAGUGGGAGGAUUAGGUGUCUUUCCAGGUUAUCUUGGACGUGAUGACUUGACAGCAAACGCUCUUGUCGAGAUAGAUGGUAAACUAUUUUAUCAAACAGGUGAUCUUAUUACAAUGGAUAACAAUGGUCUUCUUCAUUAUCAAGGAAGAAAAGAUCAUCAAAUCAAACUACAUGGACAAAGAAUCGAACUUGGUGAAAUAGAACGAUGCCUACUUAACAUCACAUCCAUCUCUGCUUGUGUUGUGAUGAAAUGGAAUGAUGAUUAUUUAGUUGCAUAUGUUCAAUCGUCCCAUAUCAAUGAAGAACAACUACGUGAACAUUGUCAAUCUCAUCUUCCACCACAUAUGAUUCCAUCUCUCUUUAUCAUUCUUGAUACAUUGCCUUUGAAUCCAAAUGGAAAAAUAGACCGAAAACAACUUCCUUCACCCGACUUUUCUUUAUCAACUUUGUUAUCUUCCGAUGAAUCCGAUACUCCUCUUAAUCAGGUUGAAGGACGUAUAUUCUCUAUUUGGUGUCAAGUUCUUCAUUCUAACGAAAACCACAUUCCUAGAACUACCAGCUUUUUCAGUGCUGGUGGUCACUCACUGUUAUUUAUUGAACUUUAUCAUCACUAUCAAUCAGUAUUCAACUUUGAUGCUCAUACACUUUCGAUUGCUCCAUUUCUUCAACAACCAACUAUUUGUCAACAUUCACAACUACUUCAAACAGUUAUAAUGAAUAAUAUCAAGACAACACAAUGGUACACGUUACAUAUAAAUGAAGCUAUUGCCUCUUUUGCUCAAGAACGUAUCUUUCUUGAUGUACAAGUUCGUUUUUCGAGUGAUAUUGCUAUUUAUAAUGAACUGUCGACUUUACAAGUUGUUCAAGGAUCAUUAUCAUUCAAUCGUUUAUUACAAGCAUUUCGAUAUGUUUUGAAUAAACAUAGAAUAUUACGGACAUCUCUUAUAUUUAGCAAUGAAAAUAGCAGUUUGAAACAAUGCAUCACAGAUAUACAUAAAACAUUCACAAUAACUAUGAAUCAAACAUUUGAAAAUGAAAACGAACUUCGAGAUAUUAUUUAUCAAACAACUACCAAUCCUCAUCUCUUCGAUUUAUCAACUGGUCGUGUCUUUCAUGCUGAAAUUCUGAAACAUCAAAUAUUAUUAAACGAACAUGAAAAUACCAGCAACGAGUUCAUAACUAAUUCUGAUGUUCUUCUCAUUGCUUUUCAUCAUGCAGCAUUUGAUCGAUCAAGUCGUUCAAUCUUUUUGAAUGAUCUAUGUUUAGCUUAUAAUACUAAUGCAAUAUCAAUAGAAGAUGAUGAUGAAUCAUUGCAAUAUAUUGAUUAUAGUAUACAUGAACGUCUAAUUGAUAUGACAACAUCUCGUGAAUUUUGGGAUUUACAAUUAGAAGGAUACAAUUUGGAAUCUCGAUUAUUAUUACCAGCUGAUCAACAUCGUUUGUCUAAUGAUCAUCGAUCGAGUUCUGCUUCUGUCACUCAAAUCUCUUUCGACAAUAAAAUUUCACAACUAUUUCUUGAUUAUGCUUCUAUCCACCAUGUGACACCAUUUCAGUUAGGUCUGUGUAUAUUAUAUGCUUUUCUGUUCAAGUUAACUCAUGGUGAAAAUGAUUUAUGUAUUUCUUGUCUUAAUGCUAAUCGAUACAAAACUGAACUACAGAAUAUAAUGGGAAUGUUUGUUUCAACAUUACCAUAUCGUAUUCAACUUGAUCCUCAAUGGUCAUUUGAUGAGCUUGUUAAAUAUGUACGAGAAAACUGUUUAUCAAUUCUUGAACAUUCACAUUAUCCACUUCAACAUAUUCUUGCUAAUUUACAUAUUAAUCAAUCAAAUAUUUCAUUUCUUGAAACAAUGUAUGACUUUAUUACUAUAUCGUCACACAACGAUGAGCUAUCUUUGGAUGGAGCAAUUUUCAAGCAAGUGUCACUGGAACGAUCGUUUGAAGUGGCUAAGUUCGAUUUUAUGUUAAUGUUUGUCUAUAAUCCGAUGAUGGAAAAUAGUAGAUUAUCAUUUCGUUUAACUUGUUCACAUGAUCUGUUUGAUGAAACUACAGUUACAAAUAUAGGUCAAAGGCUAGAAUAUUGUGUUCAGCAACUUUUUUCAUUAAAUGGAAAUAUGAAUGCAAUUGAUAUAUGUUGCACUUCUAUAUGGAAAAUUAAUCUUAUUCUACCAGAAGAAACUCGAGAAAUGGAAUAUAUCAUCUUUUGUCGACAAUCACAUAUUAUAAACGAAGCACCAGCAUCAUUUGCACAAGCUCGUAUUUGGCUUGAUGAACGAAUUCGAUUCGAUCCAGAGAAGCCACAAGUAGCAAUCUAUAAUAUGCCAUUUGUUCAUCGCCUUCAAUCAGGUCAUACCUUAUCCGUUAAACAACUUCAUCAAGCUCUACAGUUCACUAUUGACAAGCAUCUCUCACUUCGUACAUCACUUAUCUUUGAUACAGAAUUGAAUCAACUGAUGCAACGAGUUAUUACACGGAAAGAUAACUACACUGAUAUGUUUUUAAUCAUCGAAACUACUUAUGAAACAGAUGAACAAUUGAAUGAGAUAUUACAUGACGAGAAAGGUUAUCCUCGUCUUUUUGAUCUAGCUCAAGGUGUUGUCUUUCGAUGUCAUCUUGUUUACUACAAGCAAAUCUCUUCAAAUCAUCUGCUUUCUCACAAAGAUCUACUUAUCUUCAACUUUCAUCAUGCUCUAUUUGAUUUUCCAUCGAUGGAAAUAUUUCUUCGUGAUCUCAAUCAAGCGUAUACAACAGGUCAAUUGUUAUAUGAUGACAACACUAAUCUCCGUUAUCUUGAUUAUGCUGUUAUUGAACAACAAAUGUCAAUGACUGGUGCAAACAUGUUUUGGCUUGAUGCUCUUCAUGAUUGUAAACUUGAUCAAUCUUUAUCUUUACCAUAUGAUCGAUAUCGUCUUGCAAAUGAACAUCGAACUGGUCGUGGAACAUCUAUUUCUUUUGAUUUUGGUCAAGAUCUUUCACAUGACUUUCUUCUGCAUGCAUCAUCAAAUAACAUAUCACUGGAACAACUUGCACUUACUACUUAUUAUGUGCUUUUAUUCAAAUUAACGAAUGGAGAAACAGAUUUAUGCAUUGGAAUAAAUACACAUGGUCGAUAUAGAGAUGAAUUUAGAUCUAUUAUUGGAAUGUUUGUGAAUGCUAUACCUUUGCGAUGUCAACUCGAUCCUCAUUUAUCACUUGAUAAAAUCACUAAGCACGUUCAAGAUAUCAUGAUAAGUUGUAUGAAGUACUCUUAUUUUCCUCUUCAACGUAUUCUCAAUCAACAUCCAAAUAUAUCAAAUCGUGUAUUUCUUGAUACAUCAUUUGACUUUGUAUCAUCUAUAAGAAGAGAUGAGGAAGAUGAAAUAAUGAUCGGUGAUAGUCGACUUUCUUUACUACCUUUUUCAAUUAAGAUUAGUGAAGAUGAAAUAAUGAGUAAAUUUGAUUUUAUUCUUAGUUUUCAACAUGAUCUGAAUCUAAAUGAAUUCUCAUGUGUAAUCGAUGCUUCACUUGAUUUAUUCAGCGUUGAGACAGUUUGUAUAAUUGCACAACGAUUCCAGACAAUGUUACAUCAACAGUUCACAUCUUUCGACUGCAUAACAAAUAAACCUAUCUAUGAAUUAUCAUUAACAUUAUCAAAUGAACAAUAUGUAAUGCAAUCAUUAAAUAAUACACAAA